AUGUCCGAACCGCUCAUCCUCUUUCCACUGGGCGGCUUCCGCCAAGUAGGCUCCUUCACCUGGGACGAUGCAGACGAACGGCCGCCGGAGUUCAAACAUGCAAUCGCCACCGCCCGCUGGAGACCUCUAGCGCUCGCACAAGACAUCGGCCUUCCACUCAGCUUCGCCAGCUUCCAGCCAUACUUUGGCACGCCGGCGAAUUGGAACGCUUUCGUCAAUUGCCUCGCCAUCGACAAGGGAUUGGCGACCCAUACAUUCAGCAAAUGUGGGACUGGGUUCCCCGCCGAGCCGUGCCCUCUUGGUGCUUGCGGUCUGCUUCGGGAGGAUGGGAGGCUGCUGAGGGUUCAGCAUGUUCUUGCGCUUGCGAGUUGGUUCGAUGAGACGAUGCCGGGCAUGCUGGAUUGCUUUCACAUGGACAGCGAGGAUGAUGUGGUGAAUUUUGAGGCGAUGAUCAAGGAGCAGUUGAAGCCGGAGAAGUUUGCCAAGUACUGGCACGAGUACCAGGCGAGAAUGGUGGAGGAAGGGAUAGAUCUGUCAUUUGCAGGGCUGGAAUGUCCGGUUGUGCCAGAGGUUGCGGAUCACCGGCCGGAGGAGGAGCCGCGGUAUGCUGGUAUGAGGGCUUGCGAACGCUGUCGAAGUGGACUGGAUUCGCCUUUGAGGAAGCUCAACAUUGAGAUGGGAGGCAGUGCGACUGGCGAGAGUGGGAGUGAUGGGACGAUCCACUCUAGUGAUGAGCGUGUUCGAGGCGCAGCAAGCGCGGGCAAGAAGGAUGCUCUGUUCAGAGUGGGGCCAACGCACCUGAACCAGAGACAAGCCGGCAGCGAGACUGAGGGUGAUGAGGAGCCAGAAUCCAAUGACGAGAGUGUCGAUACUGUUCGAGUAGUGGAAAAGAAGGAAGUCCCGUCAAAGUCGGAGUCUACUCAUUCGAGCGCAAAGAAAGCAGACUCCGGAAAGCGGAGUGGAAGGUCGAAACCAGCGACAUCCGACGGAGGCCCAAAAGGAUUUGACUCCAAGCCGAGCGGAGAGAAAUCAAAGAAAGAAAGCAGUCGUAGCACGAAGGAGCGAUCCACGAGAUACCGCCGCUGCAGUUCGACGUCGAAAGAGGCUAGCAAGGCGGAUGAGGCUCCGUCGAAAUCUGUCAUGGGCAGCGCAAAGGAUGCCCGUCCGAAGAAGCACAGCCGUGAUGAAAAGGAGAAAUCGUCAAGGACUUCCGAGGGUAGCAAGAAGGAGAAGCAACAGAAGAAGGUGGGGGGUGGAAAAAGGAGUGGCUAA